AUGGUCGUCUCCCCUCUUCUACCUGAAAGUAUAUAUACUGUAGAUGUAUCGAAUAACCAAUUCGGUGGUGAAAUUGCAAUACAAACAGGAAAGAGAUUAACUAGUUGUGAGUACAUCAAUCUAUCUGGUAACAAGUUUUCAGGUCCUAGUUUGUCUUCUCUAUGUCUCACAGACCCAGGAGGUUAUGCACGUGUUGGUUUAAUGGAUCUCUCCAGCAAUUUACUUUCGGGGGUUAUUCCUGCUAGUAUAGGGCAAUGCAAGAAUCUUUAUUCUCUAAACCUUGGCAACAACAAUCUCACUGGAAAUAUUUCAAAUGAGCUUGAACUAGCAUCACUGGCGUCUCUGCAGUUAAAUGGCAACAAUCUGGAUGGUACACUUGAUAUCAUCGGUAAACUUCACAAACUUGAAGCUCUAAACUUGGCAGAUAAUAACUUUGGAGGUAGUAUACCAACUGGUCUUGGCUCACUCCAUGACCUUAAGAUCCUUUCUUUGAGGUCAAACAAGUUGAGAGGUUCAAUCCCGCAAGGAAUUGUUCAUUUGCAAGAACUCCAAAUAUUAGACUUACCGAUGAACAAUAUCUCCAGACCGAUACCUAGGGAGAUGAGAAACUUGAAGAGGUUAUUGAGUAGGCCUAAUGAUACACUCUUGGUCAACAUAUACGAUAAUGAUCCUUUGCAAUUACAAAUGGUGAUUAAGGGGAUUAUGUUACAAUUUGAGCAGUUGCAUAGUUAUAGUUCAGGAAUUGAUCUAUCAUGUAACAUUCUUGAUGGAAACAUUCCAGAACAGAUAGGUACUUUGAAAGCACUUGGUGUGCUGAAUUUGUCUCAUAAUUGUAUCUCCGGUAGCAUCCCAACGAGUGUCGGAGAGAUGGUUGGUUUAGAGUCUUUGGAUAUAAGCUCCAAUAGGCUGUCUGGACAUAUUCCACAAUCAUUAACAGGAAUCGACUGGCUACAGUUUCUCAACGUAUCUUACAAUAAGUUGAAUGGCAGGAUUCCGAGAGGGGUUCACUUUGAUACUCUGAGUUUGGGAGGAUUAGCAUUUGUUGGGAAUGAUUUAUUAUGCGGAUAUCCUACAGAGAAAAUUUGCGAGGGUGAUCGCAAUACUAGCACCAGUGAUGCGAAUCUUACAAAUGAAUUUGAUGAAAUCGAUGCAGACGAUGAUACGAAAGAGAAGUUGUUGUUGUACGCAAUUGUUGCCUUGGGUUUCGCAGUUGGAUUUUGGGGCCUGUUCUUUGUUUUACUUCUUAAGAAACAAAACUGGUGGUUUCCAUAUUGGAGAUUGGUUGAUUCUUUUGUUAUUCGAAUAAUUGAUUAA